GCGCGUUUUUUAAUUGAUCAGUUUGUAAAAUUCUUUUUUCUAAUUGGUCCAUCAAUUGUCAUUUGUAGCGAGAUUUUGAUCACAACCUAAAAUCACGAAUUUAAAUUUAAUAAAAAAUCGAACAGCCUAAAUGAAAUGGUACUUGAUUCUCAGACACCCUCUGGUGGUAAGUCUUCCAAAAUUAGUUUGAUGGAGGUUAGUCGGACCUAUAUACUUUUAACAUCAUAAUUUAUUUCAAUCACAGAGAAACGCUUCACCUUUCUUCUGAAUUCUGAAAGUUAUAAUAUUGCGUUUACAUUUUUAUUUAUCAUGGGUUUGUGUAAUAUCGAAUGUAUAGAAAGAAUAGCGCAAUAUCUCGAUGUUUCUCCAGGAAAGUUGCAAGUUUCUGAUAAAAAUAUAGUAUUUAUUCUAGAGUAUGCAGAAAAGAAUUUAUCCAUUCAAGGCUUUAGCACUAUUGUGCAAGCACUUGUAAGGAGUUCAAAAUGUUCUGAUAUACUUGAGAAAGAAACACAAGCAUUGGUACAGCAAUGGCUAGAAUAUAUUGUAAUCUGUAUUAAUUAUGCGGAUGUUCCUAUCAAUGCCAACAGAAUAUUAAAUGAACUGAAUAUUAUAAUAAAAGAUAUACCAUAUAUAACUGGUACAAAGAAGACUAUUGCAGAUGUUGUGUUGUAUUACGUUUUACAUUCCAUCAUGAAAAAAUUAAGUCUUCAGCAAAAGGCACAAUAUAUUCACGUCUCGAGAUGGUUCGACAAUAUCCAGCAAGAAGAGAAAUUGAGACGGGAAUUAGAUCUAAUAUCUUUUAACUUAUUACAUCUGUAUAAUUAAAAUAAAAUGUUUUUAAUUUAUUUUAUGAUG